UUUCAGGCUUGAGUUGUUGGGCUUUUGAUGAUUCGUGAUAGCCCAACCACAGUGUGCCCACAUAAAGUGUAUGUGGGCAGUCCAUUUACUUCAAAGAAACUACCCAGACAGUUUGCUUGGUUUUCAUUGCAUAUAAACAAGUCUGAAAGGUUCAAAAGUGUCUUCCUUUUCUUAUUACAUUUUUUUUCCCAAUUUCGUUAGUUCCACAAGUUCACAAAAGGAGCAACCCAGAUAAAAAUUAUGCCCUUUACUUUCUGAAAAAAGGAGGGUCAGUUCUUGAUAAGCAAACCCAAUGCCUAGAGCCCAACUUUAUUGUAUUGGCUCAAGGAAAGCAAGUGUGAGAUAUGAGAUUCCAGAUGUCAUAUCUAUAUACAUAUAUAUUGAGGAUGUAGCUUCCUAUUCUUUUCAGGUACCUUUUUCAGUUUCUUAUCCUGUUUUUCUGUCACGCGGUUUUGGUAGGAAUUGUUAUUCUAUAGUGAGGACGGGCACACUGAGGAUUAAAGGCAUGCCUUUAUAGUAGUGGUGCCCCCUUUCUUCGAACAUGUUCUUUAACCCAAUAAAGAAAUCAAAGGUUCAACAAUCAACAUGGCAUAUGAUCUUUUCUUCUAGAAUUAACAACACUUUCACAUUGAGACCUCACAAGAGUUGGUUUGGCAGCUUCUCUCGUUUGAUUCACCUGAGCUUUUCCUUGGAUUUAACAUAGUUUUAUGCUACAAGAAAGGACAAUGUGAGAGACAAUGACCCACCAAAAUAAACCCAAAGAAUUAAUCAAUGGCGACAACAAAAUUCAUGGAAAUCCACUCCAAUUGCUUUGAUGCCGCCACACCCACCACCAAUCCUAAUCCCUGUUCGAUGCCCACAAUCCACCCUCCCAUUGGUUUCUCCGCCUGCUUCUCCUAUAUCAUCUCCUCCUCUGCUAUCUUCAUUUCUCCCAUUUGACAAAUCAUAUAUAGGAGUCUGUUGCAGUAACCCACCAUGACCAUCUCCUCCCCCACCACUCCAAUGGGUUUCCUCCCCUCCCCACCGCGGACCACCACCCCACCGCCAUCCCCGGAAAACACCUCCUCCAGGUAUCGGGUCAUGGCCUCGUUUUGCCUGAGAGAGCCAGCACCAAAUGCGAAUGUGUCCAAUUGGAUAGAGUGUUACAAUCCAUGUGACAACACUUGGACUUACGUUAACCCAGUUCCUGGACUCGCUGACAACCAAGUCUUGAAAGGCUUCGCCAUGGUUUCUCUAGGUGACUCCAUUUUCAUAAUUGGCGGCCGCCUCUUCCGCAAGGACAGGGCACGGGGUGAGGAGUUUAUUGAGGUGGACGUGGAGGUUCUUUCAACAGUUUUGCGUUACAAUGUGACUACUACCCAAUGGUCAAAAUGCACACCACUCGGCACCCCACGGUAUGACUUUGCAUGCACGGUUUGUGAAAAUAAAAUCUACGUGGCAGGGGGCAAAUCCACCCUGGAAAGCGCACGUGGGAUAUCCUUAGCUGAGGCGUUUGACCCCGCCCUCAAUGUGUGGACACCUCUCCCUAACAUGAGCACCCUAAGGUAUAAAUGUGUAGGCGUGACAUGGCAAGGGAAGAUCCUAGUGGUUGGAGGAUUUGCUGACAGGUUGGACUCGGACCGAACCGUGCCCUACGCGUUGGAGCGCAGUUCAGCUGAGUUGUUCGACCCGAGCAGUGGAAGAUGGGACCUGAUGGUAGGGAUGUGGCAGCUGGACGUACCACCUAAUCAAAUUGUAGUGGUGGAUGGAAAUUUGUUUAGCUCGGGGGAUUGCCUCAAGGCUUGGAAAGGUCACAUUGAGGCAUAUGAUAUGAACCUCAACAUAUGGAACAUAGUGGAUGGAUCACAGCUGCAAACCCUCUGCUCCCCACUUUACCUCACAGUGGCACCACUUGGAACCCUUCUAUAUUUCUUGGCAGGCUAUAGAAGGGGAGCCGGGGGCUCAUCCAACUUCAUAUCCAUGGUCCAUGUCUUCGACUCUUUGGCUGAUGAAGAUGCCUGGAGGGACUUGGAGCCUAUUCAAGAGGUUGGCGACAAAGAGCUUUGCAGCCAUGGUUGUGUUGUUCAACUUUCUAAGUAACUUAUAUGUAACAUACGUGCGUCUACCUAUACCUUUUUCCAUAUAUCAUACAGUACUUUAUGUCUAUCUUCCUCAAGUCAUCGCAUCACUUGUGCUAUAGAACAAGGUCAGAUAUACUGAGUUCAAUUUCUCAUGUAAU